AUGAGGCUUCUUUCGCUCGUCUCGCUAUUAGGCGUAGCUGUCUUGGGCGCAGCUGCAGAAGAUGCUGUCCCAGCAGCUGCUCCGGCAGCCGCUCCGGCAGCCGCUCCGGCAGCACCCCCAGCAGACCUGCCACCGGGCUGGACCAUGUUUGACGGCGUCAAGGUCCCACCGUUCAACGAACUGACGCCGACAAACUUUGACCAGGAGUUGGCCCAGUCCAAAUUCAUGAUGGUGAAGCUGUACAGCCCUUACUGCCAUCACUGCAAGCGCUAUGCGCCGACCUUUCAGAAGCUGUACGAGUACUACCGCACGGCGAUAGCUCCCGGUGGCGAUCCAACCGUCACCGCUGACAAAUACUACAACAUCCAAUUCGCGUCUGUCAAUUGCGUCGCCCACUACGAUUUCUGCGCGAAGCAUGGGGUGAAGUCGUAUCCAACUACGAAGCUGUUCGUGGACGGCGUGGUGACGACCGUCUUCGAAGGCGUCAAGACCAUGGAGGAGCUCGGCACCGCCAUCGAAUCUGCUUUGGAGGCAGCACGCCCAGGCACGCGGCCGAAUCCGGUUUUGCUACCCGUGGAGGAAGCUGCCGCCCACCCUACGAUUGCCGCAGAGGCUGGGGCAGUCAUUGCCCUGCAGUCACCUGCAGCUGCUUCUGCCAUCCCUGCUGCUGCGGACGGUACUGCCGUGAAGGUUGGGGCUGCAAAUGAUGCCACGACCGGAAACACUGCCAAAGACGCUGCUGCUGGUAGUGCCACGGACAGCAAGGAUACCAGGCGCAAUAAGGACAAGUCCAAGAAGACCUCGCCCGGUCCGGUCUACCGGGGCCCACCCAAGUCGACAGCCACGCCGAACCCCAACGGGAUAUCACAGAAACUCAACGCGGAGUCAUUCCAGACACUCGUCACGACGACGCAGGACCCGUGGUUCAUCAAGUUCUAUGCCCCGUGGUGUCACCACUGCCAGGCUAUGGCGCCAAAUUGGAACCAGCUGGCAAAGGAGAUGCGAGGCCGACUUAACAUCGGCGAGGUGAACUGCGAGAAGGAGUCACGGCUGUGCAAAGAUGUGCAUGUCAACGGCUACCCGACAAUUCUAUUUUUUCGGGGCGGCGAGCGUGUCGACUACGACGGGCUGCGCGGCCUCGGCGACUUUGUGCAGUAUGCCGAGAAGGCGGUUGACAUCUGCGAAGGCGUCAAGGACGUUGACGCCGUGUCGUUUGAGGCUCUGGAAAAGAAAGAGGACGUGAUCUUUCUGUACUUUUACGACUUUGCCACCACUGGGGAGGACUUUAUGGCGCUGGAGCGGCUCCCGCUGAGUCUGAUCGGCCAUGCGAAGCUGGUGAAGACCAACGACACGGCCUUGUACGAUCGAUUCAAGAUCACGACGUGGCCGCGGCUAGUCGUGUCGCGCGAGGGACGACCGACGUACUAUCCGCCGCUGACGCCCAACGAGAUGCGCGACACGCACCAGGUGCUGAACUGGAUGAAGUCGGUGUGGUUGCCGAUCGUGCCGGAGCUCACGGCAUCGAAUGCACGGGAGAUUGUGGACGGCAAGCUGGUCGUGCUGGGUAUCCUGAAGCGGGACGACCCAGAGGGCUUUGCCAGUGCGAUCCGGGAGAUGAAGAGCGCGGCCAGUGAGUGGAUGGACAAGCAGAUCCAGCUGUUCCAGCUGGAGCGGCAGGAGCUGCGCGAUGCCAAGCAGCUGCGCAUUGAGGAGGCCGAAGACCGCAACGACCAGCGGGCAUUGCGGGCGGCGAAGAGCAUCCGGAUCAACAUGGACCGGGCGGACAAGAAGGAGGUUUCCUUUGCCUGGGUCGACGGCGUCUUCUGGCAGCGGUGGCUGCGCACGACAUAUGGCAUUGACGUCAAGGACGGCGAGCGAGUAGUGAUUAACGACGAGGACAACCGGCGCUACUGGGACCAGACCAUCACGGGCAACUCGAUCUUGCCAUCGCGAACAUCGAUUCUGGAGACGCUCAAUAAGGUGACAGCGUCUCCGCCGAAGAUCAAGCCGAAGUUGACCAUCUCGAGCAUCGAAAAGGUCUUUUUCGACAUACGGGUGACCUUUUCGGAGCACCCGUAUCUGACAAUCGGCUGCUUCCUGGGCAUGUCGCUGGGCGUGGCGUCGUGGUUCCGCGGCCGGGUCCGGUGGACACGGGGACACUCCCGGCUGGAGGACAGCCUGGGCCGGAAAGACUUCAAGCUGCCCAUCCUAGGGACCGGGCUGAACGCGAACGGCAAGGUAGACUAA